CUUGGAUUGAUUCUCCCACCUUUGGCGUUUGUAACUUUGGCCUUUAAAUCUGCUUCGCCCCCACUUUUAAUCUUUUUUUAGACUGCAACUCUUCCGAAGAGUCUUGGUCGUUUAUUCCGGGGACGAAAGGAGAAGCUAGCGCGUUAAAUGCUAAUUCAUUAGCCCGGACCGAGUCGCUACUUCAGCGGCCCAACAGUAGGACGGAGCCCCGCUUUAAGCCUCGACAUCAACUACCGCGUCUGGCCGCCUUGGGAGCUCUCAUCGCCGGGGUAGAUCGCAGCAAUGAACCGAACUGCAACAGUGGAGCACUACAAGGCGGCCAUGUUGCUGAGUGCUGCAGGUGACGCUUUAGGUUACAGGAAGCAGUUGUGGGAGGACAACCAAUCAGGACCCGCCAUUCAUAAAGAGCUUGAGGAGCUCGGCGGGUUGAAGAACAUCAAAGUCGAGCUUCCUGAUUGGCCAGUCAGCGACGACACCGUCCUCCAUCUCGCCACGGCUGAGGGCCUCGCCACCGGGAAGCCGGGGGAAGAGCUCCUGCAAGAAGUAGCUGCUCGCUACGUGGAGGGCAUGAAAGACAUGGAAGGGAGGAAACCGGGACCUUCCAGCAUCCUGGGAGUGUCCCAGCUGAGGCUUGGUGAGGAGGGAGGCUACAGAGUUCCAUACAACCCAGAGGGCACAGGCUGUGGAGCCGCCAUGAGAUCCAUGUGCAUUGGACUCAGGUAUCCAAAGCCUGACCAGCUGUUGUCCUUGGUGGCGGUUGCCGUGGAGACGGGCAGAAUGACCCACCCUCACCCCACGGGUUUCCUGGGAGCUGUGGCCUCAGCACUUUUCGCCGCGUACGCCGUCCAGCGCCGGCCAAUCACCACUUGGGGCUUGGGUCUGAUCAACGAGGCCUGUCCAAUCGCAAGGAACUUUGUUCAGGGGCGAGGCUUUGCUGUGGAGGAGGCGGAGAGAGACUGGGCUUUCUUCUGUGACAAGUGGCAGUGGUACCUGGACACCAGGGGCCUCUCCAAUGGCCUGGGCCCCGCGCUUUGGCCCUCUUUGUUCGGGCCGGCCGAGCGCGACGAGGCCUACAAGGGUUUCAGCCUGGCGGGAUGGGCGGGCCGUAGCGGUCACGACGCGCCCAUGAUUGCCUUGGACGCCCUGCUGGGGGCGGGAUCAAACUGGGAGGAGCUGAUGAGCAGGGCGGGCUUUCAUGGAGGGGUCAGUGGCAGCACUGCUGUUAUCGCCUGCUGCUGCUGGGGUCUUCUGUACGGCACCCAAGGGGUCCCUGAAGGCAACUACAGCAAUCUGGAGUACAAGGAUCGACUGAGGCACAGUGGCGAAAUGCUCUACUCGCUCUCACACUGAGGUGGUGUCCCAACAUGCAUGUGAAAGCAGGCCACAUGUUGUCAUUGGAUGAGUGGGUGCAGUGGCGUGUUACACACAUACACACUGUAUUUGCCUGAAGGGGCCACAAUGUCCCACUGACCCACAGAGGAUCCACAAGGACAAAUGUCACAUGUCACAUAAAAGCUACUGUGUCAAGUGGGCCCCCUAGUGGCCGUUUGAAAUAACUGCAGAAUUGUUUUACAGUGGAACCAAUUGAAGCAAAUUAGAAUGUAAAGAUGUGACAUAUGAAUCGUGAGUAAAUCAUUAGUCUUCCUGCAGUCGCUGCAAACAAAAUAAACUAAAACAACAUUGUUGUAGUUAAGUUGAAAACUUUA